AUGCUCCAGAGUCCGCUGAAAUACUUCACUGGCGGCUAUGGCUCGUACGCGACGGCCACCGUGCACAAGGGCGCCUUGUGCCAAGUGGUCGACUUGAUCGACUUUUUUUUCGUGGCGCAUCCGGCCAGCGGGAGGCGGGAGGGCGAGGAGCACAAGCGUGUCAUGUACUUUUACACGCAACCAGGGGCACCGCCCGAUUUGAAUCGACAAACUGAAGUCACCGGUUUCGCUGAAGCGAUCGUAAAUUUUAUGAACGAUUUUACAGAUGCGUCGUUGAUCCCAGAAGAGGAAUUCCCGUAUCGUGAUGUAGUGACGGAGAAGACGGCCCAGGUCUAUGUACAGGUGGAAAACUGCGAGUUCUUGAUCGGCAUCGCAUUCGACAAGAAAUCGUGUAAAGAUUUUGAGUACACGAUAUUCAUGCCGACGUUGAGGGCAAUAUUACUGGAAGCUUAUCGGAUGUUCAAGCUUUUCUUUGGUCCGUUUGUCGAUUUCCGGAACAGCGACGAGCAGCUCUUCCGGCAGCGUCUCGAAUACUUCUUCGGACGCUACUUCUCCCAGCUCCGCCUAUUCAACAUGCCACUCCUCAACUAUUUCAUAGGCGUCGAUUUUCAGCCGCUGCCAGGCCCAAACUUCCUCUGCAUCGACACGCUCAUCACCGAGACGAAAGAGGCGUUCCCGUGCGUGUCGAAGGCGCUGUUCCUCUACCAGGACAAGCUGUUGUAUUACACUGUAAAUAAGGCCGAUCUGCCCUGUUUAUAUAGGUACCUCACAGAAAAUCUGCUCCCAAUGUCGUUGAGGGCCGAGCUGGAGCCGAACGCUACCAGAAGCAAGGCGGAAAAUUCCUCACGGGCCCCACCGAUCUCCAGACUGAUGACCCCGUUCCGGCAGAAAAUUCCCCACCCACCGUCUUUCUUACGUCACAGGACGGUACAUCCUACGAAGAGCACAAAUUACUGGUUUAUCGCUCCC